AUGGCGUCAAGCAUGAAGGGAGCUUGUCUGUGCGAAGGUGUUCAGUUUCGUGUUGAAGGCGAACCCAAGAAUGUCUUCAUUUGUUACUGUACCCAUUGCUCGAAGAAUGCCGGGGCCGCUGGUCAAAUAUCUGCCAAAUUCAAGAAGGAGCAGGUUGAGCUCGAACAGGGCCAGAAACUCCUGAAGACUUGGAUCUUGGAAGACACUGUAAGUGGCAGUGAGAAACACAAACUUUUCUGCUCCCAGUGCGGGUGUACUCUCUGGACUAUCCCUAUGAGACAUGGUGGAAGUCAUUUGAUUGUCCGCACGUCUCUGCUGGAAGACGGUCUGAGUCGUCUUUUAUACAAGGCCGAGUUUUUUGCCUCCAGAAAGGCAGGCGUCGCGGCUGAUAACGUACAAUCAUUCAAUACAAUGCCUGGGUACUAA